GUUGUCUUUGGAUAAAUGUCAGGUUCACCUGUGAAAACUGGAGGUAGUGAAUUCAGUGUUGGUGCAGUUUGACCUCCUUCCGUCGUGCACGUUUCCGACUCCCGCGUGGUUUUCCUGAAACUGAACUCCGGCUGAUGAAUAAAUGAUCGGCCGCUCCGUCGGCUCUGUAAACGGUUAUCUGCGCUCAGCGUCAUCCGGGCUGAGAUUGAGAGCCAGCGGCAGCAGCAUGCUGACGCCUCCGCCGCACCGCGACCUCCUCCUGCGUGAGUCCCCGCCGGUGUUCGGGAGGCCCUGGUUCUGGCAGCGCGGCGCCGGCAGCAUGGAGAGCACGCGCAGCCUGGCGCACGUCAUCAUGGAGAUGCGUGACGAAAUCAAGAAGCUGGAGGCGGAGAACCGGGGGCUGCGAGGAGACCCGGGUCAACGGCCGCUGGGAGGCGCGUCGGGGGGCUCCAGCCCUGGGUCCUCAGCCUCGGAGAGUCCGGAAAACCCGUACGGCAGCCUGCGCCGAAACGCGUCUGCGCCAGUCCUGGAGGGGUAUAAAGAUAACACUGUGAUGACUGUCCGAAGGUAUUCGGUUGGCACCAACAUGUCUGACAUGGCCAGGAGAGAAUUGAGGAAUGACACAGUACGGCGGAGUGGCUCAGAGUGGGCAAGACUACAUGAAGAGGCUGGGAACAACAUCUUUCCUAAUUCAGCCAAAGGAGAAAAAGUUAACAACAGGCGCUUCCUGCAGGAAUAUGUACAUAAAAACAGGGCCAAAGUAAAGACCGUCACAUUCCUUCUACCUGUGGACGACAUUUACACCAACAGACCAGUUCUGAGUAAGCACCUGGACGAUCCGAAAAUCGGUGAGCUGGAUUCCAUAACUGAGACUGAAUCCUGAGAGAACAAAAGACGGGCAUGAACUGAUCUUGUGAGGCCUGAGAGUAGCAUUUUCAUUUGGGUCAGUGUGGAUUGGGCUCUUCCUGAGCGAGACAGGAGGCCGAUUUUAUCACACCCAACAAAACAAACACCAGACUUUGGUUACAGGUGUCAUUUUCGACUCCGACCCGGUCAACAAUGAGGCACAGGGCCCUCUGCAGCGAGGAUCAGGUU